UAAAAGAAAGAAGAAAGGGAAAGAAGCACUACUGGACUUCUAGGGCUUGCCACGAGCUUGUUGGGUAAUUUCAUUCAUCCCCAAAUUUGAUUCUCAUCGCAUUUCUGAUUUGCAGCGGAAUUAUUGGAUCAGGGUCGUACAGACCUUGGGGAACGAGGAAAUUUUGACUGAAAACUUGUGGCUCAAUUUGAGGACUUGAAUUUCUGGAGUAUAUUGACAAAAAAGGUUGAAAAAUGGACGGUAUGGAGCUGUGGAAGGUUCAGGUGGAUCAAUUGAAGGUUCAGAUGGAGCAAUGGCUGGAACAAGGCUCGGAGAUUGUUCGCCAAAUUCCCCCGAUUCAACUCUACGUUGGGGUUGGUGUGUUGUUAUUGACGACUCUACUUCUCUUAUUCACUCGCUUGUUCAAGGGCAGAAAAUCGAAUACCAUUGUACUUAGUGGGCUCAGUGGAAGCGGGAAAACUGUUCUUUUCUAUCAACUUCGUGAUGGUUCUUCUCAUCAGGGUACUGUUACAUCAAUGGAACCCAAUGAGGGCACUUUUGUGCUUCAUUCUGAAAUACCGAAGAAGGACAAACUGAAGCCUGUUCAUCUUAUUGAUGUCCCUGGACACUCUCGUCUUCGAGCCAAACUAGAUGACUUCUUGCCUCAAGCAGCUGGUGUUGUCUUUGUGGUGGAUGCUUUGGAUUUUUUACCCAACUGUCGUGCAGCUUCAGAGUACCUCUAUGACAUCCUGACUAAUGCGAGUGUCGUGAAGAAGAAGAUCCCUGUCCUGAUACUAUGCAAUAAAACAGACAAGGUGACAGCCCACACAAAGGAGUUUAUCAAUAGGCAGAUGGAAAAAGAGAUCGACAAAUUACGAGUAUCGAGAAGCGCGAUCUCAGAUGCUGAUAUGUCGAAUGACUUCACACUCGGGGUACCUGGGAAAGCAUUUUCGUUCACACAGUGCCAUAACAAAGUUUCAGUCGCUGAAGCCUCUGGAUUAACAGGUGAAGUAUCUGAGGUGGAGCAAUUUAUAAGGGAAAACGUGAAGUCCUAGAGCCUGUAUCUUCGACUCUACAUGAUGACUGGUACUCUUUUUCCCUUCCAAUAUAAACUACAAUAUUUGUGCUUGAGAUUUCCGAAUUGCAUCCCAUUUUUUUUGUAGUGCAUAAGACUGAAGAAAUUGUAUGUCCAUGCCUUCUUCCCUUGUUGAUAAAACACCAGAAGUAUAGCGGGAAACAGUCAUACAAUGUCAUAGAAAGCCAAAAAGAAACGAUGUUUGCUUAAAUAAUAGAAUUUGAGAUGUUGUUGCCUUGUGUUCUGGUAUACUUGAAAUCAAUAGGUGUCAACCUUGCUUGCUAUAUUUGUAAAUAUGACGAUUUUUUCCUUCAAAAUUUCAUGUGCGUAUUCAAACGUUCUUUUUGUA